UACCGCGCACGCGCGAGCCACAUACCCUGUGGUCGUUCGGUAUCCGAAGUGCUCGCGUUCGUCAUGUCGGCGUCGGUGGUGUCCGUCAUCUCCCGUUUCCUGGAGGAGUACUUGAGCUCCACUCCUCAGCGGCUGAAGUUGCUGGACGCCUAUCUCCUUUACAUACUGCUGACCGGGGCGCUGCAGUUCGGCUACUGUCUCCUCGUGGGCACCUUCCCCUUCAACUCUUUCCUCUCCGGCUUCAUCUCUUGUGUGGGCAGCUUCAUCCUAGCGGUUUGCUUGAGAAUACAGAUCAACCCCCAGAACAAGGCGGAUUUCCAAGGCAUCUCUCCAGAGCGAGCCUUUGCUGAUUUUCUCUUUGCCAGCACCAUCUUGCACCUUGUUGUCAUGAACUUCGUUGGCUGAAUUGCGCCCGUUUCCUCACCAUGGAGUUGGAGAUGGGCUGAGCGCUCACUCUCUGACGGCCCCUGGAUCAGAAAUCUCGCGCUGGCAGCUCGUUGCACAUGGCUUCUUCAGAUUCGUGCUUAACUGCGAUUCUCGCUGGCUGUGACGUGGCAUGUCCAGAGAACUCCCUUCGCUCUGUCGGAGCAGCUCCACAGUGCAGGUCUGUUAGCACAGACUCUGCCUGCCCUCAGUGCAACCCUAACUUUCCUAAUUAAAAAAUAUUUCUGUG